AUGUACGCCAGGGUUGCGUUGGCGAACACAAACCUGAUCCCUAUCCCGUUGACUCGUGAAACUGCCAACUCGACGAUCGAGCACGACUACCUUAGCGUUUCGGACAUCUUCGCUACGGGAUGGGCCGGUAUCGACUACACUGGGUUCCAGGCCGACGAUUCCCUCGCCGUCUUCGGGGCAGGUUCCGUCGGGCUGCUUUCUGCUUACUCGGCCAUUUUACGUGGAGCUUUCAAGGUCUACGUCGUCGACCAUGUGAAGAAGCGCCUUGAUCUUGCUGCUUCCAUCGGCGCCAUCCCGAUCAACUUUGCUGACGAACACCCCGUCGCCCAGAGUCUGGCUCGCGAGCCGGACGGGGUCAUGCGCACUGUAGACUGUAUGAUUGACGUGGCGGGUCUUAUCAUUUCCGUCUUCACUUUCGGACUCGUCCCUCAGCACCACCACAGCACCCCUACCCUUCUCUCCUUUCACAACACCAAACACGACUAG